AUGGCUACUGAAAAGCAGGUCGCAAUUGGCGUCGAGCGACAAGAUGAGGAUCGUGAUAUCGUUGUGGACUGGAAUGGUGAGGAAGACGAGAGUAAGCCCCUGAACUGGUCAACGACUCGGAAAUGCAUCAACGUAGGACUUGUCAGCGCCCUAACCUUUAUCGCGUCUAUCGCAUCCGCCAUGUGUGCACCUGGAGUUCCGGAUAUGAUGGCCGAAUUCCACAGCGAUAGCAAGGUCCUCUCAUCUUUCAUCGUAUCUAUCUUCGUUCUUGGGUAUGCCAUUGGGCCAAUCUUCUUUGCCCCGUUAUCUGAGCUCUAUGGGAGACUCCCUAUUUACCACAGUUCAAAUAUUCUCUUCACUCUCUUCAGUAUCCUGAGCGCCGUCUCACCAAACUUGCCAGCCCUCAUCAUCUUCCGCUUCCUCUCCGGGGCCUCGGGUGCAGCUCCGCUAGCUAUCGGUGGUGGCACCAUAGCUGAUCUCAUUCGACCUGAGCGUCGUGGCUUGGUGGUGAGCGUUUACUUUGUCGGCCCAAUCCUCGGACCAGCACUGGGACCUGUUGCGGCUGGAUACAUUUCACAGGAUCUAGGCUGGAGAUGGAUAUUCUGGGUUACUGCAAUUCCUUCUGGCGUCUUCACGUUGAUCUGCUUCCUAUAUCUACGAGAGACAUAUCCCCCCAGACUGUUGCAUCAACGUGCAGUAGCUCUGAGGAAAGUCCAUCCAGGAAGCUCUUUCGUGGCCCCGGGUGAAAAGUCGGCGUUGAGUCCAAGUACCCUCCUUCUCAAUGCACUAAUUCGGCCGAUCAAGAUGUUCUUCCUGAGCCCAGUUGUGCUUGUCCUCUCAACCAUACUGGCUUUGGCAUACGGAUACAUGUACAUACUAUUGACAACAUUUACCCCAGUUUUCACUUCCGAGUACGGCUUCUCGCUUGGCACAGUCGGUUUAGUAUACCUUGGAUUAGGCGUGGGCUUCAGCGUAGGAGCAAUAAGCAACGCAAUCUUUAACGACCGUAUGGCGAAUAAACGAACGGCACGUAAUGAUGGACAUCGCCAGCCUGAGUUUCGUCUUCCAAUCAUGGCUAGAACCAUCCUGCUCACGCCAUUGGGACUGUUUUUCUAUGGCUGGACUGCGCAGUACAAGCUGCACUGGAUACUGCCUAUCAUUGGUUCUGCACUUCUUGGCGCUGGGCUGAUCCUGAUCAUGAUGCCGCUGCAUACAUACCUCAUUGAUGCGUUCACCAAGUACGCUGCUUCUGCGAUUGCAGCAUCGACAAUUUUCCGCUGCAUUGUUGGGGCAUUUCUGCCACUCGCGGGCGAGUCAUUGUUCAAUCGCCUGGGACUAGGAUGGGGAAAUAGUCUAUUAGGGUUCAUCUCACUCUUGCUCUGCCCGGUGCCAUGGCUACUCCAAAGAUAUGGCCAGGCGGCUAGAGAGAGAUUUGCUGUCACCUUUUAG